AUGCUAUUAAAUUUUAAUGAAGAAGAUUUUCCAGCAAAACUUGAGGGUGUUAGUAGAAAUGAUAAGGAUUUGGAAGAUUAGGAGGAAGAGAUUUCAUUUACUUUGGAAAAAUUUAUUGCUCUCUCAGAUAUUUAAUCUUAGCAUGAGAAUUGUAAAUCUUAAACUGCAGAUAAGAUUUAUUUAACUAUAUUAAAGGAUUUAGAAUAACAACAAACAGAAAUAAAAUCAUCAUCUAUAUUUGAAAUUUUAGAUUUAAAAACUCCCUAUAAAGUGAAAGAGUUUUUAGUAUUUAAAUUAAUUCGAUUUUAAUAAAGUGUUUAAGAGGAUUGUAUUACUUAAUUUUCAUCCAAAUUUCUUUAAUAUUUAUGGAUAUUUGAAAAAGAUCAAAGAGUAAGAAGUUUAUUAACAAAUAAAGAAUUAAUUGAAAUGUAAAAAUAAUUAUUCUCCUCAAAUUUACAAUCUUCAGCUGAUUAAAUAAAGUAAGAGAUGAAAUCAAGAAUAAAUAAUCUUGAAAAUUUGUAAUAGGAAAUUAAAUUAGAAGGAAAUUUAACAAUAAGAGAAUAGCUUUAAAAGAAAUUAGAAAUAGUGUAUGAGGAACUCGAUUAAUAUGUCGACAAUUUGUCUGAAAUGUCUUAAAAGAUGGAAAUGAGUUUAUUGUUUCUAAAAGACAUAUAAAAAGAUGUAAAAUCAAUCAAGAAUUAAAUGGAAAAUUUAUAAAACUAUUUAAAUUAGAUAGGGAAUGAUAUAAGAAAGUUGAGAGGUAAGAAUUAUGAUGAAUUAUUGGAAAUAAGAAAAUAAAAGAUUCUAUAAUAAUCCAAGAUGUUUGAAAUUGAUUCUAUUUAUGUAUCAGUAAAAACAAUAGAAUUUGAUCCAAUAUGUGGUGAUAUUAAAAAAACAUAAUAAGGCUAAUAAAUAUCAUAAUUACUAAAUGAUGCUUUAAAUAAUUUUGAUGGAGAAAAGAAUGAAUUUAUUUGGGAUGAAAAAGAAAUGAAAGAUGUGAUGUUAUUAUCAGGUAAUGCUGGAUCUGGGAAGAGUAGAGCAGCCAGAAAAAUUGAAGAAUUUAUUUGGAAUUAACAUGGGAAAUUAUCAUCAUGGAUACCAAUUUAUGUAUCUCUUCCAAAUUUAAAAAACCCUGAAUAUAAUUUAUUUGAAUAAGCUUUAGAAUCUGAGAAUUAUGGAUUUGAUAAACUUUAAAUAAAAGAGUAUAAAGAAGCUAUAUAAAAUAGAUAAGAAUUCAUUUUAAUGAUAUUGGACAGUUAUGAUGAGAUGAAAUAGGAUUGUAUUUAAUAGAAUCUUAAACUGACUAAUAAACUUAUCUCAGAUCUAAAUAAUGAUCAAUCAUAAAGAUAACUUAAAGUAAUCAUCACAACAAGAAAAGAGAUACUGAAUAUUUUUGGAUAUUAAACAUGGUUUUAUGGAGAGAGUCUUGAAAGUUUGAAAGAAGUUUAAUUAUAAAAUUUUGAUUAAGAUUAAAUAAAAGAGUACUUAAGAAAAUAUGUUGAAUUAAGCGUAAGAAGAAAGAUAAAACAAAUCUAUGAAUUUGUAAAGUAAGUGUAAAAUUCAACUUUUGAUCUAAAAGAGUUUUAAGAAAUUUGGCAUCUUAUUGAGAAAUAAGUAAAAUCUGCAUCAGAAGACGAUAUAAAAACACAUGAUGUAAUUUUUAGAAAAUAAGAUUUAGAAAGUUUACUGCAAAAAGUUACAUCUCAUAACACUUUAAAAUGUUUAAAAAAAUGAACAUAUUAGUGCUUUAAGAAAGGAUUUAGAACCAUUAUGGAGCGUAAAUAAAUUUGAAAAGGCUAUAAAAAAUGUUGGUAUUUUAGAUCUUUUAACUACACCAUUCAUGUUAGAAAUAAUAGUAUAAGUUUUGCCAAAUAUGACAUAAUCGUAUAAAGGAUCAAUAGAAACAAAGAAUUUAUUUAUUUAAAACUAUAUAAAAAUAAUUAAGAAAUAGAAAUUAUCAUAAUAAUUAAGAAACAUAGAUACUUAGAAUUAAGAUUUGUUAAAUCAAACAGAAAAAAAUUAAAGUUAGUCAAAGUUAGAUUAUGAUGACGUUUAACAAUUAGAUUAAAAUUAUUAAGAAAAAUUCAAGUAGAUAAUCUUGAAAAAGAUAUACUUAAAAUGA